CUUAUAAUAUAUAUAUAUAUAUAAGGAAAACUCACCUCCAGAUGGCCAUAAGUCAUCCAUUAUUAUAAGGACUAAAAUAUAAUUAAAAACCUAACUUACGUGUGCUUUUUUCACAUUGUUAUUGAUCCAUUUUCCAUCCUUACUUCUUGUCCACUCAUAGAAAUCCAUCUUAGUGAAGUCAUCAUUGCCUUUAAGCUUUUCACGUGCUUUCUACAUGUUUCAAACAACAUUAUCUGUUCAUAGAUAAUAUAAUUCAUUAUAAACAAUCAUCACAUGUUAAAACCAUAGGAAACUACCAUUUCAUGAAGCGAGGGCACAAAUGCAUUGGGUCCUUGGUUGUGUGGAUGCUUUAACUUGCUUCGGUUAAAUGCAUUUUGCUUACACUUAGCCUACAAUAAACAACUUAGUAAAUCUAAGUUUGUCAAAACCAAAAAACCAGUUACUAGAAAAUAUAAAAAAGUAUACCUGGACAAGUAUGUCAUCCCAAUAAUCACAUAGAUGUUUCCAAGUAUCCUCAUCAAUAUUUUUUGGUAUAGUUUCUCUUGCCUUAGCCCCACCGCCACAUGCUUUGUAAUCAUCAUGUAGCCUACCCCUUUUGGUUCUAACCAAGCUUUGGAACUUCGCCCAAAUAUGACCCUCAACCUCACUCAUGUUGGUGAUGUUCAAGUUUACCUACAUUAAGAUACAUAGCCAAUAUUAGAGGUUCAAUAUUAUGGCUUCCAUGUAUCUUACUACUGCUACCAUUCUCCCCUAAACUCUCAUACCCAGUUCUCAUACAAAUGAAUUCAGAAAAUAAGGGAAAAAUUCCCAAAAUGCACAUGUUAUUAAAAAAAAUUUCCCAAAAUACAUACGUUAUGAAAAAUAUUCCCAAUCUACACAUGUUUGGACUUCACCGCAGCCGUCAACCGCAGUGAAUAACAUCACCGCGGCCGUCAACCGCGAUGAAUGCUUCACCGCCAUUGCCCGAAGCGGUAAAUAUCAUCCUGUCCAUUCACCGUUGGUGUCCCAAGCGGUGAUGGCCUAAAGCGGUAAAUAUCAACCCUGCUUUCCGACGACCUCCCCAAAAUCUUGUUCAAGCUUCAAAAUGACCCUCGCAACGAGCCGGCCUCGCCUGCUCCAAGUUCUCCUCUCUUCUCCAUAACGCCUGCUGGAAAUCCAAAUGCAAAGCCACCAUCCCCGCCGUCGUCACCUAUCUCCUACCCUCUCCCCGAUUCCACCGGCGACUGGUCUGCACUCCACAAGCUCGUUGUCUCCUGUCCCGGCCUCCUUCACUCUGGCGUGCUCUUUGAAUGCUCCAAUUUUGGCCUCGAUUUGGAACUCGGCCUGGAUGAGAAUUUCCCCAGACCUUCCUCAGAUUUAUCGUUACCCAAGGACCGGCCACCUCCGCCUCCGCCUUCCCAAUCAUCUUCCGAUGCCAAUUUGGACAUUGCCGAUUGCUCUUGGUCGUUAUUCGACGAAUCUGUAUCACGAUGUGGUCUACAGCGUAGAUGAAUCAUCCGAAGGUCCUUCGGACGCGAGCCGAGAGGUCGGCGGCUGCGGCGCCACUGUUAAGAUGGGAACAGAUGCGCCACUGUUGGGGAGGUCGUCAGAAAGCAUGGUUGAUAUUUACCGCUUUAGGCCAUCACCGCUUGGGACACCAACGGUGAAUGGACAUGAUGAUAUUUACCGCUUCGGGCAAUGGCGGUGAAGCAUUCAUCGCGGUUGACGACCGCGGUGAUGUUAUUCACUGCGGUUGACAGCCGCGGUGAAGUCCAAACAUGUGUAGAUUGGGAAUAUUUUUUAUAACGUAUGUAUUUUGAGAAUUUUUUUUAAUAACGUGUGUAUUUUGGAAUUUUUCCAGAAAAUAAGAUGGUUGAAGUUACUUACUGAUAAUUUGGCUAAUACUUCAGGAAGAAUUAUCUCUUUCAAAUCCACCUUGGAAAUAGGCCAGACAUAUUCAUUGGCAAUUUGUCCAAUUUCACUUGAAUAUUUGUUGCUUUCAUUUACCGUUAAAGGCAUUCCAUAAAAUGGAUCCACAUGGAUAGUCAUUUUGGCACCAACUCUUUCAUUCAACUUGUGCAAUCCAACACCUUGUGUAGGUCCUCUUCCUUUCUUCUUUACAUCAUUCAAUUUCAAGUUAGACAGUUGGGAAAGUGUAACCACAAUCAAUCACUUUUCUCAUUACCUUUUUUUAAGAACAAAACAGCAAAUAGAAUGAUAUUAAGGCUUUCUUAAACGUGGUUGUUAUCCCCCCCAUCCCAGCUAGCUAAGGCUUCACUAUAAAUAAUGUCACAGAAUAUAUGUUGCUUAAUCUAAUUUAUCGACAAUAUUCCUAAAGCCUAAGAAAAAGAUGAUCUCAAACAAUCCCUAGAUGAGACACCUAUUCGUUUUCCACCUGAGUCAAGACAGAGUUCUCUGUACUUAACUAAAUAGGUAAAGCUCACUUUGCAAUGGGAUUUCAAUUUGUAAGACACCCAACCAUUAUUCAAAUAGUUAACCCUCAAAUUUUAGUUCUCUUCUAAACCAAACACAACUCACUGUGAAACACAUUUUCAUUAUAGAUAUUGAAUGAUGAGUUUAUUAACCCACUCUGCUGUGAUGGAUGGAUUAAGCAAAAUUAGGGUUAGAGUCGAUGGGGAAAGAGUUCGGGAAGACGAAGAAGGGAUGAAAUGAAAAGCAUAGAAUAUGAAAGCAAUUCUUACCUGAGUUGUUGAGCCGGAAUUAAGCCCAACAAUCACCAACGAUGAUACAACUCAGAGAAGAGUAACGACAAGCGACGAAGGGUAUCACAGCAGCCGUAGCUAGGGCUGGAGGUUUGGUUAUCGGUUGCCGGUUAACCGGCCGGUUAAACCAAUAACCGGCGGUUACCGGUUAACCAAUAACCGAAAAUUAUAUGCUUCGGUCGUCGGAGCUCCUAAUAGGUAAUUCGGUUAACCGAGUAACCGAAAACCGGUUAUCCAGUUAACCGACAAUAACCGAAAAUAACCUACCGACCACCCACCUCACCAAAACGACGUGAAAAUACCCGGUUAUAAAGUUUAUAACUUAAUGUUGUUAAAUUUGAGACAUUAAUUUGGUGAUUUAGAUGUAUUUUCUGAUAUGAUCCCAAUUGGAUCAAUCCACAAUUCAGAAUUGCUUGUCAAAGAAGCUAUCUCACCUCACUUGAAGAAUUCUGAUUUUUGGCACAGUGUUGAAACAGUUUCAGGUAGCCUACUUUGGAAGCUUGUAUCUCACAAAUGGCUCAAUGGAAAUUGAAGAUCAAGAGUUUUUUUUGCAGAUAAAGUUUCCAUGUUUCCAAUGGUAUGCUUUUUGGAUCCAGAUGAUGUCAUUAAGAUUGGUUUCCAAGGCCUCAAAGUUGCUACCUCAAAACUGGAAAACUGCCAGAAAAUGGUUAAGUCUGGAAACUGUUUUGUGAAGCCUACUUUGGAGCUUGAUUCGAGGAGUAUGGAUCUGAUUCAAGUCCAAAGGCUUCCACAACAUGAAACUAGGUAUGUUUAUGUACAAAGUGAAGGAAUUGGAUGAAGGAUUGGAGUUUGGGAAGGCUUCGAACAAAAGGCGCGAAGUUAGUACGAAAGCUGCCUUUUGACUGUUUUGCGGGCAGAUUACUUGCGCGCCAAGAAAGGAAGUUUAUGGCC